GAGCACGAGACAUAAAGCAGAUCUGCGGCUUCGACAGUUACGAUACGGAUCACCCAAGAAUCUUUAUUCUUGAAUCAAACGGUUAUCAAUCGCCGUUUAAACGCAAAGCGGUAAAUGGGAGAAACCUGGAUCUCUUUACCUACUUCAACUCCAAAAUAACGUUAGUGGAAAGCUAUCUCGGCCAAAAACUAAAUGAUGUGUAUACCACAGUAAUGACCGAAAUAUGUAAGGUGGACAAGGCGCUGAUGGAAACGAAGCUAAUUCUAGCGCGCCUGAACCCUCAUGAAUUCGCCGCCAAUCUAAUAAAACGACCAGGGCAUACGGCAGUAGUUACAGCGGAAGUGCUGUACAUCCUCGAAUGCAAGCCAGUUUUCGUCACUUAUGAACAGAAGGAUGAAUGUUAUCAAGAGAUACCAGUAAAAUACAAUAACCAAUCGAUGUUCAUUGCUCCGGUAACCAGAAUGUUGCAACUCCGAGGUACCGAAAUAGCCUGCACUCCGCUACUGCCCGCUAAAUUCAACAUUGGCGGUAGAUGGUAUACGACAGAUCAGAGACUGAGGGAAACUACACCGCCGCAGGAGAUAACGACGGACGUCGUGACAAGCUGGUCGUACACUCCCUUACCAAGCCUAAUGGAAAGUGGUGUGUAUGAUUAUGAAAAUCUGCAGCGAAUGAAGGACACGGUGUACGAGCAAAGUGAUAAAAGGGUCGCUUCAUCAGUCGUACACAAAAUAAUAUCCGGUCAACACCCCAAUCUCCAAGGCGUCUCGUUCGAAGCACUAGUAUCCGAGAACAUAGUCCACAACGCCCUCGAGAAGUACUGGUCUAAAUUCCUAUCAUGGUCAACAUGGCUGGGCAACGUUAUUUCAACGGCACUUGGAAUCUACAUUUUUGUAAGAGCUCUCAAAUUCAUCGUUGAUACCAUGAUACACGGCAGAAUACUAUACGAUAUCUACGGACUUGGCUGGCAACUCCUAGCUUCAUUUUGGGAUUCGCUCACGAAUCUGCUAUCGCAUCGGAACCACAUGGCAAUGGGCCAGAACGCAUACACUCAACCCGAAGCAGAUACAAUGUUAGAACCACACGAUGACCAACCUACAGCACCUCGCCUUCCAAACACCAAAACCAAGAUGUACCCCAACGUACGCGUCAUCGAUAGUCCUCAAUAGCAGCGUCAUCAUAGCAACGACAUCCUACAAGUAUGCCCAUUCGUCAACUCAUCAGCCAAGCAUCAGCACGCGUCCAAUUCAGGUAUCAGAGAGAACUAAUUAGGUAAUAAUGUCGCGAUAUUUGGUAAAACUAACAGGUAGUUUUACCAGGGGUGGAAUGUUACGGACGCGACAAAAUUCACAAGCGUACGCGUGAGAAAAUCAAAUAAACAUGUUUCCUUCCAGGCGAGGUAAACGUUAGAAAAACCAAUAGAAUUCUAGGUAAGAACAGAAGGACGUUUUGAUAAACAAGAACGAUAUUUAGGAUCGCGUGGAACUUAGGUUGUACCUACAUAGACAUUGCGAUAGGAAAGCAAGUAAUAAACGCGUAUUCAACAUACCCACAAAUGCAACUUGUAACAAGGGUUGGCCUUGUUCGAGCCUUGAUAUCUUAAAUAAGCGAUUACCCGAAAUAGCUAAAAAAGGGACGUCUCAAAAUGCUAAUAUUGGUAAAGGUUUCGACGCGGGUAAAAAUCAUCCGUCUACGGACGAGAGCAAUACGAAAAUAGCGAUAAGCAUAACGAGCAUACGCCCGCGCGCCGUAGCGUACCUGGCGGGCAAUAAAACUGCACCCGAUCCCUUAAAACCAUCCCAUCAGGUAACAUGCUUUGCAUAUAGAUAAAAUACGCACGGGAUCGACAGGAGAAAAAACGCACCUAUGCGUUCGGUGCAAUUAAUUAAAAAAGGCCGAGUCAGAUGACGGCUACGGAAUCCUAAACUAACAUUAGCGGGUAAAACUAGGAUUCUACCUUACGUUCUAGAAACUAACACACACUUACUGCGUGUAGAAUAAGAACUAAUACCAUUACACUUUGUUAGUAUAUAAGCUGGAUAAUUUUUAAUAAACUUUCACUUGUUAUCCGAAAUCCGAACUGACGAGUCUUUUCUGUUAGCGAUUCGAGCGGCACUCCACAGUAGGAACUUAUAUUGAAUUUCAAUAAACAGCCUAUUAACCGUUCACUCGCUGAUCUACAGAAAAAGCCUAUAAACGGCAAAGGAAACUUGCUCUAGAAGUUUCCAGUUUGACUGUCCUUCGCGCAGUCAACUCAACGGCGGACCGUAGUCCGAAAUUGUUCCCGUCAGCAACAUAUAAUAAGAAAAGAACCAAACAACAUAAACCAAAGAGACAGUACCAAAAUAUAAAUGAAAUCCGUUUUGACAUAGAUUGUCUGGAAGAGAAGGCCUUGAGCUAGAGCGAGUAAGCCUCUGUGUGUGUUCUCAAUCAACUGGUCGGUUGUGACAUAGGAGGAUACAGUCUCGUUCGUACAACAAGAAGAAGAAAAAAUAAAAAACUGGAAGGCAUCCAGUAAAUUGAUUUACUGAAGUCCAGCAAAAGAGUGACAUUAAAGCUACAAAUCAGCAAAACGAACUAUUACUGAACAGCUUUCAGUAAAAAAUAUUACUGAAGAAAAUUUAGAAAAUUUGCUGGGCAGGAUAGGAACCAAUUUUUUUGAAAUUUUGUAUGACUUCUGCUUUUUUGGACGUCUCAUGAGCCAUCAUGUGUACGUCGCCAUUCGUUCAUUCAUGAAAUGUAUGACUUCUUCAGCAAUAUUAAGAAAAAUCUGUGAUUUUCGGUAGGACUCAUGAAAAAUCGGUAGUUGCAGGGUGCUCGUAUGUGAAUCGGUAAGCUUAUCAAAAAUCGGUAGGAAUACAGAUAAAUCGGUAGUUCUGGUCACACUGGCCAGAAAUGCCCGGCAUGACCUCGGAGGUCGUUAAGUCAAAAAGAGAUAGAGAACAUUAGUGUGCGGGAUUAGAGUGCGCGAACGGGGAACGACGCGGGCAAGAAACACACAAGGCGACGAGAAGACGUAAACACCAUCCUGUACCGCAUAGAAUUGCAAUGGCUGCUCGUACAACAUAUUUGACACUAUUUGUCACCAAAAUCAAUGCUUAAACUAAUUUGCGGCUUGUUGGUCGUAGAACACAAGAUCAACUAGAACAAUAAUCACAAUUUCACACACCAAAUGUAUUCAUCGGCAUGUUAAAAAGGGAAGAAGUUUUCACAAUAUGUACCGAAAGUUUUUUACCCUCACUACAAUUUAAUGCGCUUCACGAAGCAAGCACGAAAGGCGUGAAAAGGCACAUAAAUUCUAUAUAAUCACAGCAAUCGUCAGCAUAUUGCACUGCACAAAGCAAACGCGCAUAUUUGCAAUCUUACGCGCAUCAUUCACGUACAAACAGAUUCAAAAUUUUCUUAAUCCCAAAGCACGUGCGUCCUGAAGGUGAUUAUUGCGGAUCUGAAUUAUUAUUCCGGAGGGAGCUACACGAUAUCUCAGAUCUGUAUUUUUUCUAUAAGGAUAGUUAGUUUAUUAAUAAUUUUUUUGGGAUAUGAACCUGAAAUAAGACGUGUUUAAUAUGCUGUGCCUAUUUGCCGUGGUGUUGGAGGUGUCCACAAUCUGAUAGUGCUAAGGAUUUAGCGCCAAAAUGCGUGCUACAGUCUAGGUUUUAUUCUACGUUUAGCGUGUUGAUUCGCGAGAAUAUUUGAAUUGCAAUUUUUAAGAAUGUUUACACAAUAUUUUUGUUUUUAAGCUAAGUUUUGUUAUACAAAAACGCGUUACAAUACGCGUUGUUCAGCGAUAUGAUUCAGCCGGUUACAUUGACUGCUGGUAAGUAUGGAUCACUUGUUGCAUAUAUUACGUUCGCAUGUGUUUUGUGCUUGAAGUGGGGUUGAACUUCUUUUUUAUUUUGAUCAGGAUCGGAGACCCUCACUCGCUGGCUUGCCAAAACCUUCUGGUCCUUGACCUGACAAUUUGUUCUGCUUAUAUACUAUUUAGUAGCGCUCGCUAAUUGCGCGAAGGUGAUCCGUUUUGAUGCACGGACCUGAUCCGUUUUGUUUUCUUUGGUUGAAAGUAGCGUGGAUGCUACAUGCUUUUCAGAAAGUGUUGAUACUACCGCCACUGGCUUCAAUGCAUCGGUCGUAUCAUGCGAAAGACUGACGCUGCUGUCACCUACAUACAGCACAUCCCGUUACGUAAUCUAUGAUUAUGUU